AUGACCAGCAAUGCCAAAAGAUAUGCUUGCGAUCGCUGCAGGGACCUGAAACUUCGGUGCACACGCAACACUGAAGAAGCCCCUUGUGAUCGCUGCCUACGUGUAGAUGCUCGCUGCGUCACAAGCAGUGGUCGACUCUUGGGGAGGCCGCCAACCCAGCAUAAAUCGCACGUCAACACCGCCAUCUGUCAAGAUAUGCAUCACGCCCAAUCCAACCAACAAAUGGUUACCGGGGACUUCCCCAACACUUCCAUGUCUUGUAGGUCAAUGGGAGCUUCUGGUGCUGCUGGAAUGCCAAUUCACAGCCAGUGCAAAUUGACGCACGAGUCGCACAACCAGCGCCCUGGUGUUUGCACAGAUCCUGGCCUAUCUGAGUCUGACGAUGGCACCCAUACCAACAACGGCAAUGACUCUCACGCACAGGAAUUUCAAGAUCCGGACGAGCUCUGCGGCUCUGAUAUCGGGAUCCCUGACAUGCAGCCCAGCCCGUAUGCCAACCUACACCGAAGCAAUUGCAAGCGACCGUAUACCCCCGAUAGCAGCACCCACUACAGGAAUGACACCAAUACGAAGUCGAAGACCGGGAGGCCCAACAGCGACUGGACGACGUCCCUUAUGAAUGCGCUAGGGAGUGUAUCGCGCCAGCUGGACGAGCUGAGGGCGCAGGCCUGCAAUCUAUCCACUCAGCCCGUCGGGGCCUGCACAUUCGAGGGCAUCUCGCCGGACCUGAACUUCCUGGACACCCCCGUUUGCGACGGCGCCUCGGACGGCUCCUCCCGGGCAAAGCUGCUGGGAAAGGCAGUAAUAGCUACGAUGAGAUUCAUUCUGGUAUUACAGAUAAUGCCACCAUCGCCGGUAGAUUGGACAGGCAUGGUUGGUGAAGACAGCGCGGCAGAGGACGCUGCCUCUCGCCCCAUGUCGAAUCGCACAUUGCCUACGUCGGUAUUCUCAGCCAAUGCUCCGCCCCAGGUCACACUCAUACUCCUGUCGACCUACCUGCAACUUGGAGAGCUAUUUGACAUUAUCCUCUCACCCACUGUUCAAUUCUUAAACGACCUAGCGAAUGCAAGCCCGGAGCCGGGCAACCCCACGGGGAAGACUGGCUGCCCUCUAAUGUCAUCAACGGCAUUGGACCCUCAGCGGCCACAUGAUGAACUAAACCCAAUGGACCCCAGAGCCCAAAGAUCAGCUCAGGGGGUCACCCGGCCACACAGCCAGGACAUAUUGAUGACGAUCCGUGUUGUUGAGCAUCAGCUACAUACCCUGGAGAAGCUUAUCGGUCUCCCCGCGCAAUAUUGCCUUGGUUGGUGUAAUAAUGCCUCAACAGAUGCUAUGGAUUUCCAUGAUACAUCCGUACUAGCCAAGGCAGUGAUGCGACAGACGCUAGUGACCUUGCUAUCACUGAAGAAAACACUGGACUGUAUUCAAGCUUGUGUGAAGCGCUCACCGAUCUCGCAAUUUGACUGUUAAUGCUAGUUGAAAGGAACGGGGAUUCAGGGGCUGUCUUAUCACAAUAUAUGGGUUCAUUCUGUUGUCCCUAGAACAUCAGUCCUGCUCCCAGGCACCUCACCCGCGUACAGUUUCGCCUGCCGUUGCUAUGGCUCCCGUCAUUCCCCCUGCACUACACCCAAGCAUGGGGGUUAACCCCAGAUUGGAGCGACACGCACAGUUGGCCUACAUGCCUAUCCAGAAUUACCCCCAAUCUCUAUAUACAUUGAUUUAAAGCCAGAAUAGUAGAGGGAGUAGAUCCAUUUAAGUUUGAGUCUCAAGAAUUACGAGUACAAGAAUUUAUUGUUUAAAAAACACCCCAAUCUAGAAGGUUAAUUAGUUGGUUAGUUAGUUGGUUAGAUAAUAAAAAUUCAAUCCAG